CUGAUUUGGCACCAUAUCAAAACGCGAUUCUCACCUCAGAACGCGAAUCCAAACGCGCUUCCAUUUGCGUUUCCAAUUCCAUUCAUGAAGCGAAGAAAGUCGGUGACGUUCGCCAGAGCCUAAAACGUUUUCGUUUUUCGGACAGCUGAAGGUGUUUCUUCUCUGCCACAUUUUCGUUCCAUUGUAUGUGACAUUGUUCUGUCUCUUUCUCUCUGAGAGUAACUCAAAGACCAAUGAGGCAGUACAAGCAGGUUUCAGCCCUUAACCGGCGACCCACCGUCCUUUAUCUGGUGUGCGCGGUUGCAUUGUUCUCCCUCCUCCUCUUCUACAUCCAAUCCUCUCUCUUCGCAGGGUCCCUUUCUUCGGCUCGCAAAUCCGAAAUUAUCCGCGUCUUGUCUAACUUUCAGUCCAGUGUUCAGCAAUGUGUGGAUAAGAGGGGGCUAGGACUCACUGCUCAUAUAAUUGACCAUUGUAAUUUGAUCCUUAAAUACCCUGAAGGUACCAACAGCUCUUGGUACAACGCACAGUUUAAGCACUUUGAGCCGUUGGAGUACAAAUAUGAUGUGUGUGAGGCAAUCCUGUUGUGGGAACAGUAUCGGAACAUAACAACUGUGUUGACCAGAGAGUAUCUUGAUUCUCGACCUGGUGGUUGGAUGGAUUACGCUCCACAAAGGAUAGCACAGUUGGGGACAAAGAAGUGCAGCAACAAGACUCUUUGUGAAGAGAACCUCAAUGUGUUAUUACCUGCAAAGCCCCCAUUUCACCCACGACAGUUCCGAACUUGUGCUGUUGUUGGGAAUUCUGGGGACCUUCUGAAGACUACAUUUGGGAAAGAAAUUGAUAGCCAUGAUGCUGUUAUUCGGGAGAAUGAGGCCCCUGUUAAUGAGGAAUAUGCCAAAUAUGUUGGUCUUAAGAGGGAUUUCCGUCUAGUUGUCAGAGGUGCUGCGCGUAACAUGGUCCCUAUUCUAAACGGAUCUGACACUGAGGUUCUCAUAAUCAAAAGUCUGACACACAGAGAAAUCAAUGCAGUUAUAAAGACCAUACCCAAUCCAGUCUAUCUCUUCCAAGGAAUUGUACUACGUCGAGGUGCCAAAGGAACUGGAAUGAAAUCUAUUGAGUUAGCGCUCUCCAUGUGUGAUAUCAUUGAUAUAUAUGGAUUCACUGUUGAUCCAGGAUACACUGAAUGGACAAGAUACUUCUCUAAGCCUAGGAAGGGACACAAUCCACUUCAAGGAAGAGCGUAUUACCAACUUCUAGAAUGUCUUGGGGUAAUCAGGAUUCACUCGCCCAUGAGAUCUAAGAGGAGGGAAGACUGGUCAGAUAUACCUGGUAGAGAAAUGAUAAGGCAAGCACAUGCAGCAGCUUUGCGCUUGAAAAGGAAUGAAGACGAUCAUGGAGGUGAUUUAGGGCAGUUUGGCAAUUGUAAGGUGUGGGGCAAUGUGGAUCCAGAGAACAGUGGACCUGUUUCAGGAUCACCAGACAUGAGUGAUGUCAGGAAAUAUUCAAAUUAUAGUAAAUGGGAAGUGAUACCUUUUGAGAGUUUGAGGAGGGAAGCACAGGAUCAUUAUAACCAGAUGCAAGGGGUCUCUCUAUAUAAAAUGGACGGCAAUAGGUUGGAUGAUCUAGUCUGUGUGAGACAUUCCUCAAAAUCUGAUGCGUAAGUGGUGCCUUUGCUUUCUAUUGUUAUUAUUUGAUCGUGCCCAACCUUCUAUAGAAUCUUGGAUGAAGUUACUUUCUCUGAGGGCUGCUGACAUUACUUCCCAACAGCGUUCUGUUUCUUCACUUAUUGCAGCCAGAGCGUAGCACCAAUCUCAACUCCAAGUGAAAAAAUGGAGUGAAUAUGCAUAAUUCCACCAAUCCUGGUGAUUCAUGUUAGAAAUCACACUACAGGAAUUCUGACCCCAGAAGUUUGUUGUACCAUUUUUUUUUUCAGUUCUGGAAUGGACAGUCCUUAGUCCGUGGCAUGAUAGGUAUCUAACUUCUAUAAUGUACUAAUUGUCUAAAGAAGUAUCUGCAAAAAAAGAAACAUUUUUUUUAUGAUGAUGGAUAAAGAAAAUGAUAGUGAGCUGUUUUGUUUUACGAGAUUUUCAAUGUAUUUAUGUUGUUGCUAAGUUUUUUUUCCUCUUUA